AAUCACGUAUACCUCCUCAUUGGGUUAUGGCCGUAUGAGUCCUAUACUCCAUAGCUGGCUGCUUCAGCGAUGCGUUUCCCCUUCUUGCCUGUCCAUUAGCUUCUCCUCAUUCUCAGCCGCUUCCAUUCUUCAUCUGUGAUUGUUAACCUUUUCUUUAGCUACUUUUGCAAUGGAUAAUGCUGGGCAGCAUGAGAACGGGAGAUAUAUGAUGGAUAACUACAAUGGGAUGCACGGAGGGCAGUGGAAUAUGACUCAGUUUCAAACGAAAGAAUCAAACGAUUCCCUCAUGAACAAGAAGAUGAUGAAAAUCAUGGCUGAGAAGGAAGUCGCCAUCAAUGAACUAAACAGAGCAAUAUCCGAAAAAAACUAUGCAUUUCAGCAGCGAAACGAAGCAAUGAAGCAACGAGAUGAAGCGAUCACUGCCCGAGAUACUGCCCGUAGAGAAAAAGAGAGUGCAAUUGCAGCCCUCCGUUUCCAAGAAAGUUCGUCAAUUGUUGAGGAACCAGUUCCAAUUAAGGCUGUUCCAAUAGCAUCAGAAACCCCCCAAUCUCGCCACAAAGAGCAAACAAAAAAACUAAGGAAUGCUGUGGGGUCAUCAAACAAAAAGGGAAAGAAAGUUGGUGAAGACUUGAAUAGAAGUGUGACUACAGAUGGUUCAAAAGCGGAAUGGGAGUCUCAGGAUCUAUCGCUGGUGAGCCAGAUUAGUUAUGACAAGUCAACCAUGGCAACACCUGUAUGUUCUUGCACAGGGCAGCCAAGACAGUGCUACAAAUGGGGGGAUGGGGGUUGGCAGUCAUCUUGCUGCACGACAAACCUAUCAAUGUACCCAUUACCACAUAUGGAAAAUAAGCGACAUUCGCGAAUUGGUGGGCGGAAGAUGAGUGGGAGCGUCUUUGCUAGAUUGAUUAGCCGGCUAGCAGUUGAUGGUCAUGAUUUGUCCAUGCCUAUAGAUCUCAAAGACUUCUGGGCCAAGCACGGUACAAAUCGUUACAUAACCAUUAAGUAAAAGCAUGGUCUGGAAAUCUGUGUAAUUGUUAUAGGUUGAUGUAAUCAUAUACUUGUUGGUGUAUUCCAUCAUAUGUUUCUAUCUUCUAAGCAGAUUGCAUUGGGUUAACUCACUUGAUCACCCUUAACUUGAUGCAUAUUUGAAGCAUUGGUUUUGUGUUUUUU